AUGAAGGACGGUAAUCAAAUUAUGGCAGAGUCCCUAAAACAACAGGGACUGACAUACGUCUUCGGUAUAAUGGGUCAUCCGGUAAUUGAAUUAGCAAUGUCACUCCAAGCUAAUGGAUUAAAAUACCUCGGAUUUAGGAACGAGCAGGCCGCCUGUUAUGCUGCCCAAGCCUACGGCUAUUUAACGAGAAAGCCAGCAGUUGUUUUAUGUGUUUCCGGGCCGGGAUUGCUGCACGUCACCGGAUCAUGUCCAGAAGACCACGAAGGAAUUGGUGGAUUCCAAGAAUACCCGCAGGUAGAAGCUUCCAGACCGUACUGUAAAUAUGCAGCCAGACCUCCGUCAGCGGGACUUAUUCCACAGCAUGUUGAAAAAGCUGUCAGGUUGUCGACGUAUGGGAGACCUGGAGUCGCGUUCCUUGAUUUGCCGGCGACUUUGCUCAAGGAACAGGUCGAAGAAAAUAAAAUUGUUGAAGUUUUAAGAUGUCCGGAUCCACCCAUUGCUUUUCCGGAUCCAAGUCUUGUUGAUGAGGCUGCUGAGCUACUGGCUAAUGCAGCUCGUCCUUUGGUGAUUAUUGGAAAAGGCGCAGCAUAUUGUAGGGCAGAAAAUGAAUUAAAUAACUUAAUAAAAUCAACAAAUUUACCAUUUCUACCAACACCAAUGGGCAAAGGAGUCAUUGAUGACAAUGACAAUCACUGUGUAGCAAGUGCAAGGACUACUGCACUGCUAGAAGCCGAUGUAAUUUUACUCGCAGGCGCUAGACUCAACUGGAUGUUGCACUUUGGACGGCCACCGCGUUUUGAUCCCCAAGUUAAAGUUAUUCAGGUAGAAAUCUGUGCGGAAGAACUCCACAAUUCAAUACCAUCCAGAGUAGCGAUCCAAGCAGACAUUAAACCAACAAUCGACUUACUUACUUCAUCCCUUAAAAAACGAGGGUUUCAUUUAAAUAAAUUGAGCGACUGGUGGUCUAAAUUAGAAUCCAACGGAGAGAAGAAUAAAAAAGUCGUUGAAUUAAUGUCCAGAGACACUUCUGUCCCAUUAAAUUACUACGUAGUUUUUAAAAAUAUCCAAGAGAUUAUUCCCAAAGAUUGUAUCAUCUGCUCAGAGGGUGCUAACACCAUGGAUAUAGGUCGGACUAUUUUAGCCAACGGCAAACCUCGGCAUAGACUUGACGCUGGAACUUUUGGGACUAUGGGAGUUGGUCUAGGUUACGCUAUAGCUGCUGCAUUGUACUGCAAAGAGAGUGAGCCUGAUAAAAAAGUGCUGUGUGUUGAAGGUGACAGUGCUUUUGGAUUCUCUGCCAUGGAAAUAGAGACUAUGUUUAGGUACAAGCUGCCUGUGAUUAUAAUAGUUAUUAAUAAUAACGGUAUUUAUGGAGGACUUGAAAAAGAAGCUUUCCAGCAAGUUCAAGGUCUAGGUGAACCAACUGAUGUGACCCCGCCGUUUUGCUUGACGGCUGAAACUCACUAUGAAAACAUGAUGAAUCUAUUCGGAAAAAAAGGAUAUUUCUGUAGGACUGUUGAUGAUAUCAAAACAGCAGUCUCAAGUGCAUUGAAGGAAAAAGAGUCACCGAGCCUCAUAAAUAUUAUGAUAAAUCCUUCUGCUGAUCGCAGAGCACAAAAAUUUAACUGGCUAACGGAAUCUAAAUUAUAA